UCUCAAUGGAUCAACUUUUCGGGCUAUGCGUCCAGUUUUCGCAGUUGCUCGAGUCUUUUCUCUCCUCCCUGUCCAAGGUGUAUUCGGAGAUUCUCUGAUGGAUGUGAAAUUCACAUGGAUCAAUUUGAGUAUCUUCUACACAAUCUUUGUGAUAGCUAUUGUGGGAUUCAUGACAAUUAUUGCAUGUCUGAAGUUCCUGCAGGAUGCUCUGAGCUUCAGCAAUAUUGUCUCGGUCUUCUUCUAUGUGUAUAAUUUUUGUGGGAUAAUUCUGUUUGUAGGCAUUGCCAGAAAAUGGCCAGAACUCAUGGUACAUUGGCAUACAGUUGAGAAAUGCCUUCCACAGACUGAGCAUCUCUGCUCAAAGAGAUCCCUGCGAACGAAUCUUCGGCGUCUGGUGGCUCUUGUCCUCGUCACUGCUGCCCUCGAGCACGGAUUGUCCAUAGCAGCUGGAGCAGACAAAGCCUACAGAUGCGCCAAAUCCCACAAUUCCUAUCUUGAACUCUAUUUUCGCGAUUCCAUGCCGCAUCUCUUUAUACAUAUUCCCUACCAUCCACUCCUGGGAUCCUUUGGCUACAUCAUAAACUUUUACUGCACUUUUGUGUGGAAUUUUAUGGACCUCUUCAUUAUCUCUGUGAGCGUGGCCCUCACCACGAGAUUCAAGCAGGUCAAUGCAAAAAUUGAGCAGGCUCGUGGGAGAAUUAUGAGCGAAAUCUUCUGGAUUACUCAGAGGACUCACUACCAGCAAAUUUCUAAUCUCGUCCGCGAAGUAGACAGCGUUAUCACAGGGCUGAUUUUUCUGUCCUACCUCAACAAUCUCUACUUUGUCUGUGUCCAAUUGCUCCACAGUCUCAAUGAAAUGGCAAAUUAUCUCCAAGCUAUCUACUUCUGGUUCUCCCUCAUUUUCCUAAUUGCACGGACAUUUGGGGUAUCUCUGUACUCCUCAAAGAUCCAUGAUGAAUCCAAGAAACCAGCACAGGUCAUCAGAUCGAUUCCCACCACGGGAAUUAACAAAGAAAUCGAGAGAUUUCUCGAAGAGGUCACCAAUGAAACAGUAGCUCUCACGGGGAAAAAUUUUUUCCGCCUAACCAGGAAGCUCAUCCUAAAGAUCACUGGAACAAUUGUAACUUACGAAUUGGUGCUGAUUCAAGUGAGUCCUGGUGGAGAAGUGACAACAGACCAAGCAGGAAAUCUCAAUCUUUGUUCUUAG